AUGCACAUGUUCGACCUUCCGCCCGAGCUCUUUGAACCAAUCAUGGAGCACCUAGCCUACACACUCCCUAUAUGUCGUAUCCUGCGAUUACGGCUCGUCUGCAAAACAUUCGACACAAGCCUGGUUGCCGCCAUUAUCAACACGGAAGCCGUCGAGCGCGCCUAUAAAGCCAGCGCACCAGUCUGGAAACUUCGGCGGUAUUGGAAUUUUCGCUUCUUUGGCAACCGCAUGCCAGAGAAAUGGUUGUUGAGGCUGCUGCUUCGGCACGCGCAGAAACGCGGAGAGGAUGACAAGUCGAUAGUGUGCGCGGUGCAAGAGGUAGCGCGUCGAUUGGUGCAAGAGCAGCAGCGGAUUGUAAACGAAAGGACAGGUAAACAAGAAGUAGAAGAGAGCAACACGGAGCAAACGGUAGAGGAAAAAGAGGAAAAGGAGGAGACUAAACACCUACUCGACGAACAACAAACCCUCGAGGCCGUAUGCGUGAGCCUAAUAUUCUUACACAGCAAUACCAUCAUCGCCGACAUUCUCGACCCCCUGGACAGGGAACCCGAAACAAGGCGCGCCCAACUCUGUCUCAACACCGCCGCCUGGCUCGGCAACAUCGCACUUUUUGACACCUUCUACGCCCGGGCGAGCCACAAGCACGACGUCUACGGCAGCGGCCCCUACAACCAUCUUGUCGGGCCACUGCAGCGUCCGCUCUGCGCCGCCGUCCACCAGAACCACAAGGCGAUGGUGCAGCACUUGCUCAAACUCGGAGCGCGCCCCUGGGUCGACGAAGCGUUCCGGUGCGGCAACCUUCCCAUGGCCCAACUCAUCCUCUCAGCGCGGCACCCAAACAACAUAGCCCGCGAGAUCCGGCUGUACGCGCUCCAAGAAGCCGCCAAAGGCGGCGACGUCGAAACACUAAACUUCGUGCUCACGCACCCCGCAUUCGCGCCGUCCAAGUCGUCCUACACGAACUCGCUCUUGCGCAGGGCACUCUGCGACGCCCUCUACCACGCCGUUGUCCACGGCCACGAACACUUGGUCCCGCUUCUGCUCGACCGCGGCGCCGACCCAAACGGCAGCACGUACAUUUCGCCCCUGGCGACGGCCGCGCGGCUGGGCCAUCUCCGCAUCGUGAAGACGUUGCUGGCGCGCGGCGCGGAGUGGCACAGCUGCAUCAAGUGCCGGUACCUUGAUACACGGAAAAGGGACGCCCCGUGCAGUGAUCCGCAUAGCGCGCCUGUGCUGCUGAAGGCUGUGGCGAGGGGGUGGACUGGUAUAACCCACGCGCUGCUGGAUGCGGAUGCGCGAAUGCUCUUUUCCCCGGGUGCGCUAAAGGCCGCAGCUGAAAAGGGGUGUGUUGAUGCCGCGAGAGCGUUGUUGGAGCGCGGGUUUGAUGUCGAGAGGGAGCAUCCGGACCUGGAUCCGAGGAAAGGCGGGUUGGGCCGUGAGGCAGUCUUUGCUGCGUGCCAGCAAGGGCAGGUUUCCAUGGUGAAGAUGCUGGCAGAGUGGGGGUGCGAUAUAAGAGGGCGGUUUGGUGAGGAGGAAUCUAUGAUUGUGGAGGCGAAGAGGUGUGGGCAUGAUAAUGUUGUUGAUGUGUUGGUGGAGUUGGGCGUUGAGGUGCCGGAAGGGUUUGAGGGUUUACAGAGGCAUUUAGAACAAUACAUGCCAAAGUUAGUAUAA